UACAGUAUACGCUCGGGGAGCCCCUCCCCCUUUUCGCUCCUGCCUCGGCCAAUGCGGAGGUGCCAUCAUUAACCCCUGGCAGAGCGGAACAGAGCCGAGCUGUGUGAGGGCAGAAAAAAAACUCUGAGGAGAAAAAGAGGCGGCGGCAGUAGGAGCAGCAGCGGCGGAGGAGGCCGCGGUUUGGUUUGCCCGUCGUCGGCACUAGCGCUACCACACCACCACCGACGCUGUCGCCCGGGUGGCGACUAGAAGGGAGGCCACCACUAUCACCACCACCACCGUCGGGAAGGAACCGAGCGUGUGGAGAAAACGAGUCUCAGGCUGGCUGCCGCCGCCGUCGGAGUCACCCUCCCUCCGGUCGGGAUUGGCAGCGCAGCCUUCAGGCCUCAUCCGUGGUCACCGUGUGCCCGUGCCCCGUUUCCUUCGUUCCCUCAGAGCGGCGGCCUGGCUUGACCGACUCGGGCGGCAGCGCCGGAGAUGAUGCCGAUGAUAUUAACUGUGUUCCUGAGUAACAAUGAACAGAUUUUGACUGAAGUGCCAAUUACACCUGAAACAACCUGUCGAGAUGUAGUGGAAUUUUGCAAAGAACCUGGGGAAGGUAGCUGCCAUCUUUCUGAAGUGUGGCGUGGAAAUGAACGGCACAUACCCUUUGAUCACAUGAUGUACGACCAUCUACAGAAGUGGGGACCCCGUAGGGAGGAGGUAAAGUUUUUUCUUCGGCAUGAAGAAUCCCCAACAGAAAGUAGUGAACAGGGCCGUCAGACUCAAAAUCAGAGGAAUGGAAUCAGUAUACCUGGGGAGAAACGUACUGAAAAUGGGGUUGGGAAUCCACGUGUUGAACUAACACUUUCAGAACUUCAGGAUAUGGCUGCCAGGCAACAGCAGCAAAUUGAAAAUCAGCAGCAAAUGUUGGUUGCCAAGGAACAACGUUUACGUUAUCUCAAGCAGCAAGAACGCCGUCAGCAGCAGUCUGUGUCUGAGAGUGAAAAGCUUCAGAAACUUAAAGAGCGAGUGGAAACCCAGGAGACAAAGCUGAAAAAAAUCCGUGCCAUGAGAGGACAAGUGGAUUACAGCAAGAUUAUGAAUGGCAAUUUGUCUACUGAAAUUGAACAUAUCAGUGCCAUGUUCCAGGAAAAGCAACAAGAGUUACAAGCUGCAGUGUUAAAGGUUGACCAGCUUACUCAGCAGCUAGAGGACCUGAGGAAAGGGAAGUUGAAUGGCUUCCAGUCUUACAAUGGACAGAUGACAGGGCCUGCAGCUGUAGAAUUAAAAAAACUGUACCAAGAGCUACAGAUUCGUAACAGGCUUAAUCAGGAGCAGAACACCAAGCUUCAGCAGCAGAAAGACCUUCUGAAUAAACGUAACAUGGAGGUAGCCAUGAUGGACAAGCGUAUCAAUGAGCUACGUGAGCGCCUAUACAAGAAAAAAGUUGAGGCACGUCAAAAAGAAAACAUCCCUGCUUUAAACCGGAUAAAUGGAACAUCUUCACCUCAGGCGUCACUGAAUGCUUCAGGCAGAGUUGCAGCAGUGGGGCCAUACAUUCAAGUUCCUAGUUCCAGCAGCUAUGCUAUGCCAGUUGACCCAGUGAAACCACAGUCCCUUACCAUUACUACUAGCGCAACUCACGGAAGAUCCAAAUCUGAUGAUGGUAAUAGAAGGUCAUGGACAGUGUCAGACCUUGAUGUCGGGCCUGAAGGCUGCUCUUCACAACAUUCAGGAAACAAAAAACAGCAGUUUUUGAACUCUAAUGAUGGGACCUGGUCAGCACUUAAGCAGAGCUCUGCUCCUGUGGUGAAGCCACCACAAAUCUCCAAUGCAGACUGGAAGGAAUCAAACAUGGAUGCAGCUUUAAAACAAGGAACUAUAUCGAGUCAGCCUUUGUCGUCUUCAGUAUUAGGAAGCACUGAUAAGCUAGGUCUUGAUGUGGGGAAAAUACCACCAACCAUCCCUGGAGUAAAUAAGCAGUUGCCUCAGAACUAUGGGACCUAUCCAAGCUCUAUUCCACUAGGAACAGGUUCUACCAAUUCCCUGGAAAGGCGGAAAGAUGGCAGCCUACCAAGACCUGGCUCCACAGCAGCAAACCGGCAAAGGCCUGUUCCGUUACCACCAGCAAGCAGCAUUCAUCAGCCAAGCUCCUCCCAACAAAUACAGCAGAGAAUAUCUGUGCCUCCAAGUCCCACAUAUCAACCUUCUGGUGCCCCAUUGUUUCCAGGUGGAGACAGUAGGCCUGAUCUCCCCUUAACUGUGGCCAUCAGGCCUUUCUUAGCUGACAAAGGCUCAAGGCCCCAGUCUCCAAGGAAAGGGCCCCAAACUGUGAACUCCAGUUCCAUCUAUUCCAUGUACCUUCAGCAAGCGGCACCACCAAAGAACUACCAACAAGCUGUAUACAAUACCCUAAAUAAGUCUGUUAAAGCAGUUUAUGGGAAGCCUGUUGUGCAAUCUGGGUCAACUUCUCCUUCGCCAUUGCCAUUCCUUCACGGCUCUUUGCCUGCCAACCCAUCACAGCCCCCGCCUCUGAAUGACUAUAGUGAAAAAGAUCAAGAACUGGAAAGCAUCCCGCCCUCUGGGGAUAACAGCAAUGUGGAAAACAUUCCUCGCCCCCUCAGUCCCACCAAGCUCACGCCCAUUGUUCAUUCGCCCCUUCGCUACCAAAGUGAUGCCGAUCUGGAGGCCCUUCGCAGGAAAUUCGCCAAUGCUCCCAGGCCCUUGAAGAAGCGAAGUUCGAUCACUGAGCCGGAAGGCCCCAAUGGACCAAACAUUCAGAAGCUUUUGUAUCAACGCUUUAAUACCCUGGCAGGAGGAAUAGAAGGUGCUCCUUUUUAUCAACCAAGCAACUCACAGGAUUUUAUAGGCACCUUGGCAGAUGUUGACAAUGGGAACACAAGCACCAAUGGGAAUAUCGAGGAACCCAUAUCCAUUCCCCCCACUGCUCCUCUUCCUGAUGAGCCUUCAUCAGAUGCCAAUGAUAAUGAACUACCUUCUCCUGCAACUGAAGAACUGAUCAAUGAAGAAACAACAAAUCAAGCCCCAGAGACAACCGAGGACGAUAACAACAACAAUCCUCCUGUAGCCCCUUCUGUUGAGCGGCCACCUAGUCCGACACCAGAGGGCGAUUCCCAAGAAGAUGACGAAGUGCAGCUGCCACCUGCUCUUCCUCCUCCUCCACUUCCUGUGACCAAAAGGACUAACCUGAAGAAACCGAACUCAGAGAGAACUGGUCACAGCUUGAGGGUCAAGUUCAAUCCCUUGGCUCUGCUGCUGGAUGCCUCACUGGAGGGAGAGUUUGACCUCGUGCAAAGGAUCAUAUAUGAGGUGGAUGAUCCCAGCAAACCUAACGAUGAAGGAAUCACUCCUCUGCACAAUGCGGUGUGUGCUGGCCAUCAUCACAUAGUUAAAUUCCUGCUGGAUUUUGGUGUCAAUGUGAAUGCAGCAGAUAGUGAUGGAUGGACUCCUUUGCAUUGUGCUGCCUCUUGCAAUAGUGUUCACCUCUGUAAGCUUCUUGUUGAAUCUGGAGCAGCAAUUUUUGCUUCAACUAUAAGUGACAUAGAAACUGCAGCGGACAAAUGCGAGGAAAUGGAAGAAGGUUAUAUUCAGUGUUCCCAGUUCCUGUAUGGUGUACAGGAGAAGUUGGGAGUAAUGAACAAAGGAGUAAUAUAUGCACUAUGGGAUUACGAAGCUCAGAACAAUGAUGAGUUGUCAUUCCAUGAAGGAGAUGCAAUUACCAUUCUGAGGCGCAAAGAUGAUAAUGAGACAGACUGGUGGUGGGCUCGUCUCAAUGACAAGGAAGGCUAUGUGCCUAAAAAUCUCUUGGGGUUAUACCCAAGAAUAAAACCUAGGCAACGAACUCUUGCUUGAAUACCAUCAUUUGGCAAUACAGUAUCUUGCUGGCAACUGGAAGUAUACACUGGACACAUUUUCAAUCACAUUUCAACAGAAGUAAAGUUGUACUUGUUUUAAAUGGUGCUCUUGUUUAAUAUGAUGGACAGCAUUUGAGAUGUUUGAUCUGCAAUUUGUGAGAUCUCUUCCGUGUUAACCCACCCAGUCAUUGGAACAGAUACUCAACACAGCCUACAGUAUUUUUGCCAAAUCAAUUAAAAGAACAAAAGAUGUGCUAGAUGUUAAAAACUUUUGCAAAAUGCAGAUACGCUGUCUGAUCUGUUCUAGUCCACAGUAACUGUCAAGACCUUUAUUAAAAUUGCCAACUGAAUGUUGA